AGAAGAUCCAGUCCUCAUGGACAGACCUCGUCUGAGCUGCGCACUACGGAUAAUUUGGAGCUGUUGUAAUAUUUAGAUCGUUUUAAAUUAACAUAUCUCAACUCUUAGAUAGGAAAAGAGUGAAAAGAAUGAGCAAAGACUGCGAUAAGAGCGCAAAGACGGCGCUAUGUAGCCAGAAACAAGCCAGGACGCAGCAGCAGAGUUUGGCACCUAAAAAGAAGAAAGAUCUGCCUUUAAAAGCUGCACAAAGUGGCUCAGCUGUAAAGGAGUCGAGCCAGUGGGAGAGCGCCGGGGACUCGAAGCCAGUGGGACCGCAAGAAAAGCGAGCGGACCAAAGUGUGAGCAGCUCGGAGUGCCAGAAGAGCCCUGGAGCGCACAGGAAACUGUCGGAUGCAAGCCUCGCCUCGGAGGAUCUCAGCAAAGACUCUGGCUGCCCAUCUGGGAAACUCUCCUCCGACAGCAGCUCAGAAAUAUCCGACUGCUCCUCGGAGGGCAACAAGCGCGAUUCGCGGAGCAGCGAUAACGACUUAAGCUGGAUAGACGGCAGAGCUUACGUGAGCCCGAACAGCGACAGAUCUCCGUGCGUAAAAGCAGCGGCAGAGACCCGCGCAAUCCAGCAGGAUGCUGCAAUAGGAGGACUCGGGUUUCUGAAAUCUGCGGGGGCUUUUAUGGAUCUCAUUAUGGGGGAGACGACCGAGGAUCUAGUCAGAGAAGUGGAAGACUUGAGGUCUGAGAACGAGUACUUAAAAGACGAGGUGGAGGAGCUUCACUGUGAAAUGCUGGAAAUGCGUGACAUGUUCCAGGAGGAGGAGGUGUACCAGCUGCAGGAGCUGCGGCUGCAGUUAGAGGAGGCCAAGAAGACGUGCCGCAUCCUGCAGUAUCGCCUCCGUAAGGCAGAGCGCCGCAGCAUCCGGGUGGCUCAGACCGGGCAGGUAGACGGGGAAUUGGUCAGGAGCCUGGAGCACGACAUUAAGGUAGCUAAAAGUGUAUCCCUCCAUCUCUUCAACGAGCUGGAGGCAGUUCAGAGGAAGAAUUCCCAGCUGGAGUGGGAAAACGAGGUUCUACGGGAGAAGACUCAGGAGCUGGAGGUGGCCAAGGAGGUCUUGCAGAGCGAGGUGGAGAAAACAAGAGAGACCGUGUUAAAGAAGAAGAGCGUCAGGUCCACACCCAGUAAGGCAGAGAAGAGGCUUUCUCAGCAGAUGGAGGAUGACAGCAGUGAUCUGAAGUGCCAGCUCCACUUUGCCAAAGAGGAGUUGGCACUCAUGUGCAAGAAGCUCACCAAGCUGGUGUUAGAGAGCGAGGCCACGCGUGAAGAGCUGGCAAAAUACCGGUCCACGUAUGGAGACGUAGACGCCACCCAGAGUUCCGAAGGCAAACAAAGCUCCACCCACUCCAGGGAGGCAGAGGUCAAAGUUCACCUGAAACUUGUGGAGGAGGAGGCCAUGCUUCUGAGCCGGCGCAUAGUCGAGCUGGAGGUGGAGAAUCGUGGACUGCGAGCAGAGAUGAGUGACCUCAAAGAGAAAACAGGAGGGGAGGAGGAUGAUGUUUUGGAGGAAAGUCUUUCUGCAAAGAACAAAGAUGGCAGCCUGGAAGCAGGAUCAAUGAUGGGUCAGUGCAAAGAGUCGGAGCAAAGAAAAGGUGGAGCAGAAAGGUCUCUGUCCACACGAGAAGGUCCUUUGGAAGGCAAGCAGGAUGCUUCAGACAGCCAGGAGAGGGAUGACAGCAAAAAACUGGACAGAACUUUAAAGGAGACAAUUACCAAAGACUGUGAGUCUCUUCUUUCUCUCAGAGAUCAUUCCUGUAUUUUGAUUUCAGCCAUUCAGCUCCUCACGGCCCCACCUAGAAACGGACACAGCCCUCCUCCAGCAGAUGUGAACAGUAGACCUCAGGGGUCGCUACACGAGGCUUUGGAGCUUCUGCAGGUCAUGCUGUCAGCUUUCAUCGGGAAGAUGGACAUACUUCUGAGAGGAGAGGGGGAACACAAAAACAGUGUUCACAAGGAGGAAAACACAUGCGAUCACUACACUCCGUCCUCUCUCGAUGCAAGUACAGAAAAUGUCAAAGAGCCAGAGACUAAAAAGGAGCACGCAGACCAUCUCUGCAGCAUGGAGGUGAAAUGGAAAGCCAGACCAGGAGGACAAAAGGCUUUCGUCAGCAGGGAUUCAAAAAUGAGGCUGUCACUGCAAAUUCUAUGGGUCCUUCAUCAGUGGUGUAAUGCUAAAGGAACCAAUUCAGAAGACAGAGAGGGCAGAGACAACACCUUACCUGUUCUGCUCAGGUUGCUGCAAGACCUCAGAGCAGAGCUUCGAGACGACAGCAAGGCCGAGGGCAGUUUGCCGGAGGCAGCCGAGGCUCCGCUCUUUGUGGGUGAUGUGUUUCACGACGAACCACCUUAUGAAGCUAACAGAAUCCGCAGCUCAAAUGAAAAUCGACUUCGACGAAUGUUUUCGCCCCGUGGCUUUCAGAAGAAGAACUGGUGCUAUGUGAGCCAGGAGGCCGCCCUGCUGGACAGAGAAGACCCUGUUAAGACUUGGGACCAUCAAAUCAUGCCGCUCAGCUUCCCUGAUCUUGACUUUGAGCAGAUGUUAAUGGACAGGAGCCACACUGCUCCAGAAAAAACAACUUUUCGCAUUUACUACAGUCCGCCAUCUGCCCGCAGAGUCCAGCUGGCUCAGCUAAAGAAGGGUCCGGUCAUGGAAAGAGAGUCUGUAGGCACAUCCUCUCCUUGGUGCACGCCCCCAACCUCCUUCUCUCAGAUCUGUCUGGGCUCAUCGGCCAACCUAAGUGAUGACAUGAAGGAGAUGACGGCUAGCUGGAGGCAGGUGGUUCUUUGUGGUCCACAAGAGAAGAGAGAGAGAUUAGCAGGCUGUUGGGUUGAUGUGACCUGCUCUGGGACCCAGACCCACAUCGGACCGCAGAUGGUGAGUGUUGGUCAGCAAACAGAUGUGACUCAUGUAUCAACCCCAGUGAGAAAGAUCCCCCCAAGAGUCCUGAGCUCCUCCCUGGUUGCAGCUCGCUCUCGUCACAUCUCCACCUCACUGGAUGGAUUAGCGAGUCGAGCAGAGAGGCCCAGAUCCUCUACUUCCUCUCCUAAACUCUACCGCAGACACUCCUCCUCUCUCUGCUCCUCCACCAGUUUGAACCCCCCUUCUCCUGCGCUGAACUCCAGAGGUCGGAACACGUGGAACCAGUCACAUCAGAGCUACCCUGGCCUCACAUGGGCACGUCAAAGCAGUCCCAGAUCAUUUUCUGCACAGAGCCAUGACUCUGUGAGUAAUGCCAAGCAACCCAGUAAAUCCACAAGCACCAACCGCUGUGGUUUGGUGACCGAGUUCCUACGCAGGAUGAGCUGCAGGGCAGACAGAGCCACUCCCGGCUCCGCGCAGAAGCCGAAAGGCGACCCGAAGAACCUGGAGCGGGUUCCAGCAAGGCCUCGGGUCCCUCAGCUGCACAGGAACGACAGUGUGACCAGAAUCGUCAACCAGAGGUUCAUGAAGCAGAAAGAGGAGGCCAGUCGGGUCCAGAGAAAUGAGAAGAGGAGCAACCCAAACCAGAAAGUCAGGCAGAGUAAUACCGUCGCAGCAGAGGAAGGAAACUACGACUGCAGCCCCAGCAGCACUCUGACCUUCUGCUUCGCUCGUCCAUCCCGCUCUGGUCCGAGACAAACGUCUAACCUGGGAAAAGUCCACAAACACAGAUACCCGCCACCCUCAAGCGCAGCUGCAAACUCCAACUGUGGCUGAACAGAAGAAAACAGGCAGCUUCCAUGCUACAACACCAUAACUAACCAGAGACAGAACAGAUCUGAGCAUGUAGUCCUUUUCAAACACAGACUCAUCUUUAUGAGGGGUGUUUAGGAGAGCUUUCAGCAAACUGAUUUCUUCUGGUGCAAUUUAAAUUUAUUAAAUAUAAAUGGCUGUUAUAUUUGUUUCAUUUACUUUAUUUUCUACUUUCUUAGUUGAGAAUAAACUUUGUGUUUUAAAAUCU